GCAUCCUGUUCUGUGUCUCAUCCUUUGUCCUCCCAGCUCUGGGUCUGUGGGACAGAAAUUGUGGAGGCAGCCUUGUUCCAGGCUCCCUGGGAAAGGGCAGCAGCAGAGUUGAUGUGCAGCCAAACAGAAAGGUACUCCUCCUCAAUGAAGAGCCUCAGCAACAAGUUUGUGCACUUGACCAAUUACAGUGUGAACAAGAAGAACACCGAAUACAAGUCCAACUUGGAUGAAACUGCUUGCCAGGGACACAAGUGGGCACUCAAAGCUCUCUGGACUUACUUGACCCAGAAGGGAGUUAACAGUGAGGCCAUCUGGGAGAAGAUUAAGGACAUCGUUAUCAAAACCAUAAUUGCAUCUGAGCCGUAUGUGAACAGCCUGGUGAAGAUGUACGUGCGGCGACCGUACUGUUGCCAUGAGCUUUUUGGGUUUGAUAUCAUGCUGGAUGAAAACCUCAAGCCCUGGAUCUUAGAGGUCAACAUUUCCCCAAGCCUUCACUCCAAUUCACCUCUGGAUGUGAGCAUCAAGGGCCAGAUGAUCCGGGACCUGCUUAACCUCGCUGGCUUUGUUCUGCCCAGCACGGACAGCGUAGCCUCACGGCCUCAGACUAGAACUGAUUCCACCUGCAGUCAGGGCAGUGCUUUGAAGGAGAAGCCCAGACCAGCAUCUGAGUGUUUCACAGCGGAGAAGUUGAAGAAGGCCUAUUACUUGACACAGAAGAUACCUGACCAGGAUUUUUAUUCUUCUGUCUUGGACAUCCUGACUCCGGAUGAUGUCCGCAUCCUGGUGGAGACAGAGGAUGAGUAUUCCCGGCGUGGGCAGUUUGAGCGGGUGUUUCCCACCCACAUCUCCAUGCGCUACCUGCGCUUCUUCGAGCAGCCUCGCUACUUCAACAUCCUGGUGACCCAGUGGGAGCUCAAGUACUACUUGAAUAAACACAAAGGUCUGGAGCUACUGAAGAAAUGGUGUGUCAAAGGCUACCACGUUGGGACAGGGAUGGAUUUGGCCCAGAUGUGGUCAUUGCCAAAGUCCUUCUUCCUCCAGAAAAGCAGUGUUCAAUCAAAUGGCUUCAGCAAACUGGAACCGGACAGGCUGGGCAACCUCCUCUCCCCAAACAGUGGAGACCUUGUGAGAUGCCUGGAGCCCAGCCCUGCUCAGAGCUUACCUCUCUACAAAUGCACUGUUGGAGCUGACCAGAAACCUGAUGGCUGCCUCUCAGACACUGCCCUGGUGCUGUGAGCAGGCAGCUGCCUUCCCUCCCUGGGGACACCUCAACCUACCUCAAAGCAAGACAGAAGCUGGCUCUGGAGCACAAGUCCUGUGAUGCUCCCUGCACUGCACACUUGCCAGUGGGCUGUUCCUGGAGAGAGCUGUGUGACUCGAUUUUUAAAACAAAUGGCAAAACCUGGCCAAGUUGGGUUUGUGGCUGUUGUUCAAGCCUGAUGUGGUGAUGGUUUCCUUGUGUAGGAUCUGGCUGAGUUGGGCGCCGGCUCCCUCUUUCCUUCCCUCAUCUGUAUGGGUUGAACCCCUCCUUGCCUGUGUCGCUUUGCACUAACCCUGAGCUCCAGAGAGCCAGCAAAGUUGUCUGCUCCCCUCUCACUGCAGGCCAAGGCAAGGGAGGGCCAGCUGACACUCUGCUCUUUUGGAAGGAGCAGGGCUUGGGCCUUCCAGCCCGUAGGUUUUUAUCCUAUCUGAGUACUUGUGCCCGCAUCCUCUGGUUUCUGCCCACUGCUGCCCCAAGCCCUGGCCUGGCUCCCAGCUGCAGUGGGGCUGGGGAAGGAGCAGCCCCUCACUGCUGUUGGCUCUGUGGUACCCUGCAGUGUGCACACUGGGGACUGCAGAUGGGUGCUACUCUCCUGCUCUCUAUUUUUCUCUUCAUUUCUCGAGAAUUUCCAUUAAACUUUUGCACAUGGC